UUUCUCCCUCUCAUAGUUGUUGGAUCUCCAAUUCCCAAUUUAAAAAAUUUUCCUUGAUUUACUCUUCAUCUGUGAACCGUCAACCAAUUUAUCACUCCCCAUAAUGCUACCUGAAAAAAAUUUCUUCUCAUUUUUUGGUGAUUUUGUGGAAUGGUAUCAAUCAUUCAUUCCUUUUGGCAGUUUUCUCAAUUGGUGAUAUGGAUUACCUUCCUGUUGAGGUCGUUGGGAAUAUCCUCUCUCACCUCGGAGCAGCGAGGGAUGUGAUUGUAGCAUCUGCAACGUGUAGAAAGUGGCGGGAGGCUUGUCAGAAACACCUCCAUACACUUUCAUUCAAUUCUCAUGAUUGGCCACUCUAUCGAGACCUAAGUACUAGUAGGCUGGAGAUACUGAUUACUCAGACAUUGUUUCAGACAACACAUUUACAAGGUUUAUCGAUAUUGAUGGAUGAUGUUGAUGAGUUCUCAGCUUCCACUGUAGUUGCUUGGCUCAUGUAUACAAGAGAAUCGUUGCAAUGGUUGUUUUACAAUGUCCGUACUAAUCCAAAUAUCAACAUUCUUGAUAUAUGUGGGCGACAGAAGUUGGAAAUGUUGGUGCUUGCUCAUAAUUCUGUAUCAGGGGUUGAACCAAAUUAUCAGAGGUUCCUCUGUUUAAAAUCGCUUUCUUUAAGUUACGUUAGUAUUUCAGCAUUGGAUCUUAAUUUGUUACUGACAGCAUGUCCAAAGAUUGAAAUUUUAGCCCUUGUGAAUCCCGAGAUUGCAAUGUCAGAUGCACAGGUAACUGUUGAGCUGAACAGCACUACACUAAAGAGUAUCUACAUUGAAGCGAUAAGUUUGGACAAGUUUAUAUUGGAGGCUGACAGCCUUGAGAAUCUGCACUUAAAAGACUGUGCACUUGAGCUUUUUGAGCUCGUCGGUAAAGGAACUUUGAAGUAUUUCAAGAUUGAUGAUGUUAGUAUUAUACAUCUUGAUGUUGGUGAGUCUGUUGAUAAUCUUGAAACCGUUGAUGUUAGUAAUUUCACCAUAAAUUGGUCCAAGUUCUAUCAGAUGAUUUCGAAAUCAUCUACAAUGACAAGUCUCAGGUUAUGGGACGUUGUGUUUGAUGAAGAGGAUGAGAUUGUGGAUGUCGAAACAAUUGCACUUUGCUUCCCACAAUUAAACCAUCUUGCAGUUAGUUAUGAUUUACGAGACGACUUACGAGAAGGAAUUCUCCACUAUGGUUUACAAGGAUUAUCUCUGUUAGAGAAUGUCAAUGUGUUGGAGCUGGGAUCAACGGUAAUUAAUGACGUCUUUACUCAAUGGGUUACUGGUCUACUGCAAAGAUGCCCUAAUCUCACUAAAUUAGUUAUUCAUGGAGUGAUUUCCGAGACUAAAACACCUGAAGAGUGUCAAAUGUUAGCCAACUUUACCUCAUCUAUUGUCCAGCUGAUUAGGCGAUACGUACACGUAGAUGUUCAGUUUGAAUUUGAGUAGCUCAGAGACAAACAUUAAUGUGGUA